CUACCAAAUCAACUACGAGAUACCUAAUAAAACGCCAACUUAUACAUACGCGAAAACCCCCCAAUAACUAACAUCACCUCCCCAACCAAACCCCCUCCCCUCCUCACCAUGAACCGCCUCUUCGGCAGCGCGCCCAAAGCGCCCAAACCCACGCUCAACAGCGCCAUAUCCAACAUCGACGGCCGAAUAUCCUCCUUCGACGUAAAAAUCGCCUCCCUAAACGCCGAGCUCGGCACCUACCAAUCGAAAAUGUCGAAAAUGCGCGAAGGGCCAGGAAAAUCCGCCUUAAAAUCCAAAGCCUUAAAAGUGCUUCAAAGACGAAAACAAUAUGAAUCCCAAAGAGAUCAGUUACAGUCUCAGGUGUGGAACAUGGAGCAAGCGCAGACUAUGCAGGAUAACCUGGCGGGUGUAAUGACUACGGUGGACGCGAUGAAGACCACGCAGAAGGAGUUGAAGAAACAAUAUGGAAAAGUCGAUUUAGAUAAGAUUGAGCGCAUGCAGGAUGAGAUGGCGGAUUUGAUGGAUGUUGGGAACGAAAUCAACGAGACCCUAAGUCGCGGGUAUGAAGUCCCCGACGACGUCGACGAAGCUGAACUCGAUGCUGAGCUGGAGCUACUAGGUGCGGAGAUGGAGAUGGAAGGUGCUGGUAUGGAAGUUGGUGGUGUGCCUGAUUUCAUGAAGGACGAAGUGCCCGACUUCAUUGACGAGCCGCCCGAGACGAAUACCAAGGUACAGGAAGCAGCAAGGUGACGACGAUACGGGAUGUUAGCAUCAACAUCAGCACUUGUUUCCUGGGUAGGACAGAAUUACAGAAGCUACGGGAGUCACAGGAGUUUCCACAUGUGUAUCUAGGCAUGAAGGGUUUUUGGCGGACUAUUGAUUUUUCAUUAUCUUCUA